CCAUAAACUUAUGAGAUUUUAUAAUAAUACAAAAAAAGUGCUGUUUGGCGUUACUAAAUUUGAAUAUUUAUUUUUUUUUAAUGGUAUGAAGUUUUGUUAGGUGUUAUUUAUCAGUGAGCAUAUGGAUUUGACUUGAAAUAUUAUAACUUUGAAAUAGCAAAUGGUGAUACACGCGGCUUUCGAUUACCCUUUUCAGUUUGGUUAAUGUUACGCAUACAUACUCAAAACUAAUUAAGUUUGAUUAUAAACAACAGCUGGCUUGUUUUAUAUUCCACAGCAGUUAUGGCGUCGAUGUAUGCUCAAACUAUUGCAACGCCGCAAUCACAAGUCAUUGAUUCGGUGCAAAUGAACCAUUUCCGAAGCUUUGUAAAUAUGCUCGGUGAUCCAUCGGCCAAGGAUGAAAUAAAACUGAAAGCAGCUCAAGAACUGAGCGAACAUUUCGAAUUAAUAACUCAAUGUAGCUCCUAUCCGAGCUUCUUAGAACAUUCGAUGAGAAUUUUUUUAAAAAUACUUCAGGAUGCUGAGCCACAUUUUAUUUCUGAAUUAAAUCUGCAGCAAGUACGCAAAUUGAUAUUGGAAAUGAUUCAUCGACUACCAACUUCUGAAUUUAUAAAGCCAUAUGUCAAACCGAUUAUCGUACUUACUAUAAAACUGCUUCAAACUGAUAAUGAGGAAAAUGUGUUAGUCUGUCUAAGAAUAAUUAUUGACAUGCACAAACAAUAUAGGCCAUCGUUUCAUCCUGAGAUUCAAGAUUUUUUAUCUUACGUCAAAAGCAUAUAUUCUGAUUUGCCAAAACAUUUAACGACCAUGUUCGAACCAAAACAAUCGAUACGGGUGAAGGAUUUAAAGGAAAUCAAUUUCGAGGCUUUAUUACCGGAAACGUUUGCAAUAACACCGAUUCAAGUAGAAAAAAAGACGGCAGAUGGAAAACUUUCAACUGUUACCUACAAUUUAAUUCCUAAAGGUGUAAACUCUCUAAAAGUUUUGCAAGAACUUCCCAUAAUUGUUGUGCUGAUGUAUCAAAUUUACAAAACAAAUGUUCAUCAAGAAGUUGUAGAUUUUGUACCUUUAAUAAUAACUACAAUCACUCUUCAGCCAUCCCCAAUACACAAGAGCUCUUCGGCGUUCAAUAAGGAAAUUUACGUUGAUUUCAUGGGUGCUCAAAUAAAGACACUAGCAUUUUCUGCUUAUAUCAUACGGUUGUUUCAGGAUGUUAUACUAACACAUGCUCCAACAAUGGUGAAAGGUAUGCUAAACUUGCUGGAAAGUUGCCCUAAGGAAGUAGCUCAUCUACGAAAGGAGCUGCUUGUAGCAACGAGACACAUUCUAGCUACUGAACUUCGAAAUCAUUUCGUCUCGUCAAUCGACAAACUAUUCGAUGAAGAUGUUUUACUUGGAAAAGGUUGGACUACACAUGAAUCAUUGCGUCCGCUGGCAUAUUCAACAUUGGCUGAUUUGGUGCAUCAUGUUAGACAGCAUUUGUCACUUCCAGCUUUAGCUAAGGCUGUAUAUCUAUUUGCCAAAAACGUCCAUGAUGAAUCUUUGCCGACAAGCAUCCAGACAAUGUCAUGUAAAUUAUUACUAAAUCUAGUGGAAUGUAUUCGGAUCAAAAGUGAUGUAGAACCGGUGGCCAGUAGGGAACUUCUAAUUACAAUGUUGAAAGUGUUUACUCAAAAGUUUCACACUAUCUCAAAGUUACAGUUACCGCAGAUAAUGCAAAAAUGGAAAAAUUUUAAACCGGAAGUAAAUUCUACAAUUCCUGGCACACCAAAUGUUUCACAAAACAAUCAGGCCCCUGGUGCCACUCCGCAACAUAAUCCACAAACACCGACUGGAUCCGAAAGUGGUACAACUACGACACCGAAAGAUUUUCUUGGUAUGGACCUGUCCGACAAUUCGUUUAAAUUAACUAGUAUUGGUUUUCCACAACCCAAUAAUCUUAACGUAACCGAAUAUCGUAGUUUGGUAAAAACACUUGUAUGUGGUGUGAAAACUAUUACAUGGGGAUGUCCCGCUGCAAAACUUACUUCGAAUGAGCACAGUAUGCCAGCAUCAAAACUUUUUAAUCCAAGCGAAAUACUCAUAUUCAUUGACCUAUUCCAUUGGGCGUUGGAAGCCUUGGAUAUUUACACUAUCAAUGUACCUACGAUGGGUUUAUCACCAUCAAUACCACAGCAAAAACAAGCAUUACAAAUUCCUCGUUCUAAGGAAGAAAAAGAAGUUCUUGAACAUUUUAGCGGUGUAUUUCUAACGAUGGAUUCUCAAAAUUUUCAAGAAAUCUUCGCUUCCACGAUCGAUUUUAUGGUAGAUCGGCUAUACAAAAAUUCGGCUCUACAAGUUAUUGCCAAUUCUUUUUUGGCAAACCCAAAAACUUCACCGUUGUUUGCCACGGUGCUUGUGGAGUAUCUUUUGGAACGAAUGGAAGAGAUGGGUUCAAACAUUGAGCGAUCAAAUUUGUACUUACGUCUGUUCAAACUUGUGUUCGGCAGUGUUAGUUUGUUUGCUGCUGAAAAUGAACAUAUGUUGAGACCACAUUUGCACAACAUUGUCAACAGAUCCAUGGAAUUAGCAAUGACUGCUAAGGAACCGUACAAUUAUUUUCUCCUUUUGAGAGCGCUCUUUCGAUCUAUUGGAGGAGGUUCUCAUGAUUUAUUAUACCAAGAGUUUCUUCCAUUGCUACCAAAUUUGCUCGAAGGGCUAAACAGAUUGCAGAGUGGGUUUCACAAACAACAUAUGAAGGAUCUUUUUGUGGAAUUAUGUCUUACUGUACCAGUCCGCCUUUCAUCACUUUUACCGUAUUUACCGAUGUUAAUGGACCCGCUUGUAUCAGCGCUUAACGGUUCGCAUACAUUAGUUAGUCAGGGACUUCGUACAUUAGAACUAUGCGUAGAUAACCUACAACCUGAUUUCCUCUACGAUCAUAUUCAACCGGUGCGUGCUGAUCUUAUGCAGGCCCUCUGGAGAACUCUUCGUAAUCAGGAUAGCGCAGCGGUUGUUGCUUUUCGUGUCCUCGGAAAAUUUGGCGGAGGUAAUCGUAAAAUGAUGAUCGAACCCCAGCAGUUAAUGUACCAUGAAAGUGACAUGGUGCAACCAGCAGUUAUUGCUUUUUUCCAAGAGCAUCGCAAAUCUAUUGACUUUCCGGUUGACAAGGUCAUAGAAACAGCUUUCAAUGCUUUAAAGACGAGCACAACAGAUCCUUUCUAUUGGCGACAAAGUUGGGAAGUGAUUCGAUGUUAUCUAGCUAGUUCCAUUUGUCUGGACGACGACAAACACACCUUACAAAAACUGUUCAUGCAUCCUAGUUUUACUGAAAACAACAUAAUCACAAAUGGUCAUCAUUACACAUUGCAAGAUAAACAAGCCAGACAAACGCAUCAAACGGCUCUUACGGGAAUGUUUGUUGCAGCAGCUACAAAGGAACUAAGAGGGUCAGUCCUGCCUACAAUGGUAGCCGUCGUACGACAUUAUACGAUGGUAGCAAUUGCACAACAAGCUGGGCCGUUUCCGCAUAGACAUCACCAAUUGAAUACUGGACUAGAUCCGCUGGUUCUAAUCGAUGCACUGGCAGCUAUUAUGGGUCACGAAGAAAAGGAACUGUGCAAACCAGGGAAUCUAGCAAUGGUAUUAAUAUUAGAAACAGCUACCAAUAUUAUGGGUUCAAAAGAACGCGCUUGUCGUCUUCCCAUGAUGCAAUAUCUUGCCGAGAAAAUGGCUGCUUUAUGUUAUGAACGUCCAUGGUACUCAAAAAUGGGUGGAUGUAUUGCGCUAAAGUUUCUCUACCAAAAUAUGGCUAUGCGUUGGCUUUAUCAGCACUUAUUCAUAUUUCUCAAAGCAUUUAUGUUCAUCAUAAUGGAUCUGACAGGAGAAGUAUCAAGCGGUGCUAUUGAUAUGGCGAAGAAUUAUCUAGAGAAGAUGUUGAAAAUAUGUAUGACUCCUUUAGACCGAGACUGCAAAAAUGAAGAGUUGAUUACCACGCAGAAAAAAGCAAUGUAUGAUGUAAUCCAUGAACUGGUCAGACAGGUAACAAGUCCUCACACACUGGUUAGAGAAACUGCAAUGUCAUCAUUACGCUUAAUAGCUGAACUACAGAGUAAAACUGUAACGGAAGUGAUGAAUCCACAUCGCGAAGUACUGGUAGAUAUGAUUCCACCAAAAAAACAUUUGCUCCGUCAUCAGCCUGCUAGUGCUCAAAUUGGGCUCAUGGAUGGCAACACGUUUUGCACUACGUUGGACCCACGAUUGUUCACGAUAGAUCUCAACAUUUUAACACAUAAGGUGUUUUACCACGAAGUACUAACACUUUCGGACGCUGAAGACACAACGUUAAAUAAAUUGGAUUGUUACAAAACAGUUACCAAUUUGAUUCCUCUUCGGAAAAGUGCCUUGCGAGCGCUAGCUGCAUGUCACUAUAUUCCGAAUGGAUGCAGAGAAAAAAUUUUCUCGAUACUUUUCAAAGCUCUGGAGAAAAACAACGUCGAGUUGCAGGAAGCAGCAUUCGAAUGCAUGCAAAAUUUCUUGCAAGGUUGUACUGUAGAUAAAGAAGCGAUUCAUGCAGGCAUUCGACCGUUACUGAUGCAACUUGGAGAUCAUCGAAAUUUAACACUCAAUGGAGCCAAACGUCUAUCCUACUUGACACAACUGUUUCCGUCCAUGUUUAAUGAAAAAUUGUGCGAUUCUUUGUUGCAAAUUGUAAAAAAACUGUUGGAGAGUUCAAUCGCAGCGAACAAGGGCACCAAUUUUCUUGCCACAUCAAAAACUGGCGAAACUGAGCAAAAAAUUGUAACCAUCAUCGGAAUUUUCCAUCAAAUUCCAGCUGCUUCUGCAAAAUUUAUUGAUAGUCUUUGCAAACUGAUUCUACAAACAGAGAAAAGUUUAAUGAUUGAACCCUGUUCCCCGUAUCGUUCACCGUUAGUAAAAUUCUUGUUGAAAUUCCCGAAGGAAACAAUGGAACUUAUGUUGAGCGAUGCCAAUGUUAAAGAUCCACAAUGGAAUAGAUUUAUGAUUUUUCUUGUGAAACAUAAAGAUGGUUUACCAUUUCGAAAUGCAAUUCAAGAAAAAAGUCAACGAUUGAUUCAACUCAUUCUUAUUAAUAUGGAGGGAAGCAUUGCUAUAACUCAAGGGAAACCAUACGAAGAACGUUAUGAAGCUCAAAGACAAGCGGUUUUGCUUAUUCACAUAUUAACCGAAUUCGAUAGUCCGUGGAUUUCCACUCAAAGCGAAAUAAUAACUGCACUCAAGAGCGUCUGGAGGAAUGACUUAUACAAGACGUGUCAAUCAUCCGUUGUUUGCGACAUAUGGCAUUUGGUUGCUAAAAUAUUGAUUGAAUAUUUUUCACACAAUACCAAUGAGAUACCCUUACUAUUUCAAUUACUGCGCGCGCUUUGCCUACGAUUUAUUCCUGAUUUUCAGUUUUUCCGUGACUUUCUUCAGAAUACUGUAUGUCAGAGUUAUACUGUAGAUUGGAAACGUAAAGCAUUUUUCCACUUUGUUGAAUGCUUUGUUAAUCAGGAAGUGACACAAGAUUUGAAGGCGAAAAUUUUGACAAUGAUUAUCAUUCCUAGUUUCGCAGUUAGUUUUGAAAAAGGAGAAGGAAAUAAGUUGGUUGGUGCUCCUCCAUCACCUUACCAAGAGGAUGAUAACAAUGUCGUUUCAGUAUUCAUUAACAAGGUGAUUGACCCAGAGAAACCAUUUGCUAAUGAAGAUUCCGUAAGAAUAGCGUUGUUACAAUUUGCGUGUUUGCUGGUCGAAAGAGCAUCACCACACAUUCAUGAUGGUGAUGCAAAUAAUAAACGCGAAGGCAACAAGCUUCGAAGACUUAUGACAUUCGCUUGGCCUUGUUUAUUACCAAAAAAUUGCGUCGAUCCAGCAGCCAGGUAUCACGGACACUUAUUAUUGAGCCACAUUAUAGCCAGACUAGCCAUUCAUAAACGUAUUGUACUACAAGUGUUUCAUUCACUGCUGAAGGCUCAUGCCGUCGAAGCGAGAACAGUGGUGAAGCAAGCGCUAGAAGUGUUAACACCUGCUAUGCCACUACGAAUGGAGGAUGGAAAUACAAUGCUAACUCAUUGGACGAAGAAAAUAAUUGUCGAGGAAGGACACUCUAUGCAGCAACUGUUUCACAUUUUGCAGUUACUUGUUAGACAUUUUAAAGUCUAUUAUCCGGUGAGGCAUCAUUUAGUACAACAAAUAGUCAAUUCAAUGCAUCGUCUUGGAUUCACUGUAAAUGCGACGAUUGAUUAUCGAAAGUUAUCGGUAGAACUAGCUGAGGUUAUAAUCAAAUGGGAAAUACAAAGAAUCAAGGAAGAAGCAGAGGGUACUAUAGAAGAUGAAGAUAGUAAAAUACAAAACGAUAGCAAACCGCAGAUAAGUGGAGCGAUUAAAAGAACCGCACAAGAAGAAGAUACUAGAAAGAAAGUAGCGAUAGGGGAGACGAUUCCCCAACCAUCUCCUGGUACUUCAACUACUAGUACCAGCAUAGUUAGUCCCAAAGUGGAAGGUUCGACCCGCCCAAUCGAUCGUGCACAUUGCGAUGCUGUUUUAAAUUUCCUAUUCAGAAUGGCAUGCCAACUAAAUGAUGUAUCUACUACACCUGGAACAAUCUCUCCAGGUGAAAGUCUCUCUAGGAGAUGCGUUACUCUUCUCAAGUUGGCUAUGAAACCUGACAUGUGGCAACAACCGUUUGACCUAAAGCUAACUUGGCUAGACAAGGUAUUCACAAGCAUUGAAGGACAGCAGCCUAACAUUGGAAACGUGUGUACAGCACUGGAAUUGUUAACUUUCCUAUUAACAGUCUUGAAAAAGGAUCAAAUAUUAGUGACAUUCCGACCAUUACAACGAGGGUUAUCUGCUUGUGUAACAAGUCCUAAUACUAGAGUCAUUAAAUUGAUGCAUGGAUUAUUGACCCGUCUUAUGGCUAUUUUCCCUACCGAUUCCCAUCAUAAACAUGAUGAAAUGGAAACAUUAUAUGCAACUAUUAGCAAAAUGAUUUUCGAAGGUUUGGCAACAUACGAAAAGAAUCCUCAGGCAAACCCAUCGACAUUAUUUGGAACAUUAAUGACAUUAAAAGCAGCUUGCACAAACAAUCAGAGCUACAUCGAUAGGCUGAUUAUUCCAUUUAUGCGCCUACUCAAUCGGUUGACCAAAGAGCAUUUGGGAGGAGUUGCUGGUAAUACGAACGGAAAUGGCGAAGCUACCAACAAUGCCGGAUCAAUUGCAUUAGAGUUGUUGGUCGUUUCACUAGACUUGGUUAAGAACCGUGUAGUUGUGAUGAGUGUAGAAAUGCGAAAAAUGUUUAUUGGAGGAAUUCUCGUUGGCUUGAUUGAAAAAAGUAAUGAUGUUAAAGUAAUAAAAGCAAUUGUAAAAAUGAUCGAAGAAUGGAUGAAAAAUAAAAACACCCCGGUAACGGUUUCUCAGGCGCCAACACUUCGCGAAAAAUCUAUACUUUUGGUAAAACUAAUGCAAUACGUAGAAAAGAGAUUUACUGACGAUCAAGAAUUAAACGGGCAAUUCCUAGAAUUAGUAAAUUACAUCUACCGCGAUGAGCAACUCAAAAUAACUGAACUCACUUCGAAACUGGAAGCAGCUUUCCUAGCGGGUUUACGUUGUAAUCAACCAAAGAUUCGUGCAAAAUUUUUCGAAAUUUUCGAUGGAUCCAUGAGAAGGCGUUUACACGAUCGAUUACUUUAUAUAAUCUGUUCGCAUGCUUGGGAUUCUAUUGGACAGCACUAUUGGAUAAAACAAUGCAUUGAACUGUUGAUUCUUACGGCGAACACAAACAAGCAGAUACAGAACAGCAACGAGAAUCAUUUGUUACCUAGCAUUUCGUCGGUUAUAAAUUUCGCUGAAUCAGACGAGAAAAAGAAUUUCGUAAUUUACACUUCGCUUCAGAAUGACCCAGCGGAAACAUUUGAUCCUAUUGAAGAUAAGGAGGACGCUUUUGAUAUGGAUAUGAGUGUUGAUUCUAACAUAUCGCGUCAUGAAGAAAGUGAGCGUCCUGUAGCUAACCGACAAGCAGCAUUGGCUAAGCUCAUUAGUCGCCAGGCUGAGUUUUUAGAAGCGAGCCGAAAAGUGCGAACAGAACAACUACUAGUGGCUACUGCUCAAUUGUGUCAUAUGGAUACGGUCUUGGCAGAAAAAGUGUGGCUAGAUGUUUUCCCUCGUUUGUGGUCAAUUCUUGAUCAAGGACAACAGCAAUCGUUAGACCGUGAAAUUGUGCCAUUUCUGUCGUCAGGUACGCACAUUAUACAAAAAGAUUGUCAUCCAAGUGCGUUGCACACUUUCGUCGAAGCUCUAUCGCAUUGUAAUCCAACUGUGAGCAUUCCACCUAAUCUUAUGGCCUACUUAGGAAAAGCACAUAAUCUUUGGCAUCGUAUGACAUUGGAGUUGGAAGAAAUGACACUAGAUUGGCCUAACCGUAAAGAAGGUAUAUCCGAAUUUUCUGAAUUUGAGGAAGAACACAGUAGAGAUGGAUCAUAUGUUAUGGACCCACUUUCGCAGAUGUAUUCUUCACUUCAUGAAGAAGAUUUAUGGGCUGGUUUAUGGUUGAAAUAUGCAAAGUAUCCUGAGACGAACUUGGCCAUUGCACACGAGCAAAUGGGUUUCUUUGAAGAAGCUCAAAGUAUUUAUGACACGGCAAUGACUAGGUUCAAACAAGACCUCAACAAUGGAUUAAUACCAAUAGAUAUGAACAGUGAAAUUCUAUUAUGGGAGAAUCAUUGGAUAAGAUGCGCUAAAGAACUUAAUCAAUGGGACAUUCUGAUGGAUUACGGUCAACUAAGUAAGGAUAAGAAUUCUUUCCUAAUAAUGGAUAGUGCUUGGAGAGUACCUGAUUGGACACUGAUGAAACAAGCACUUCUAAAGGUGGAACAAUCAUGUCCUAAACAAGUUGGUUAUAAAGUGAAUCUUUAUCGAGGUUAUUUAACUAUUUUGAAUCAAGAAGAACAGCACCCUUCUUCCGUCGAACGAUAUGUAGAAAUGGCAUCUGCUUAUUGCAUGCGUGAAUGGCGCAGACUGCCACCAGUUGUUUCACAUAUACACCUUCCGAUACUGCAAGCCUCUCAACAAAUAAUGGAACUUCAAGAAGCCAGCCAAAUUCAUCAAGGAUUAUUGCAGAAUAGAAGUUCGUCAUUGCAUGACAUGAAGGCAAUUGUCAAAACAUGGCGUAACCGUUUACCUGUCAUUGCGGAUGAUUUAUCGCAUUGGAGUGACAUAUUCACUUGGCGACAACAUCAUUAUCAAAUCAUCACAUCCCACCUGGAACAACAAGGCGAUAGUAAUGCCCCAUGUAUGUUGGGUGCACAUGCAUCUGCGCAAACAAUAAUACACUUUGGGAAAAUUGCACGAAAACAGAAUCUAACGGGUGUUUGUCAAGACUCACUAUAUAGAAUCUACACAAUUCCAUCGGUUCCAGUAGUUGAUUGUUUCCAGAAAAUUCGACAACAAGUUAAAUGUUGCCUACAGAUGGCCGCCGUAAAUAGUCGAUCGGAAUUAUCGGAGGCAUUGGAAGUCAUCGAACCCACGAAUUUAGAUUAUUUUUCUAAAGAGAUGACGGCCGAGUUUUACGCGUUGAAAGGUCUUUUGCUUGCGCAAACCGGUCGCUCAGAGGAAGCGAAUAAAGCUUUUAGUGCUGCUACCCAGCUACAUGAUACACUAAUCAAAGCGUGGGCACUUUGGGGUGAUUAUUUAGAACACAUCUUUACAAGGGAUCCAAGGCAAAUUAAUCUUGGCGUGUCAGCGAUGACAUGUUUUCUGCAUGCUUGUCGUAAUCAAAAUGAAAGUAAAUCUCGAAAAUAUCUAGCUAAAGUAUUGUGGAUACUUUCAUAUGACGAAGAUAAAUCGUUGUUAGAUGCUUUGGAUAAAUAUGCAGUAGGAGUUCCACCUAUACAGUGGGUACCAUGGAUUCCUCAACUGCUAUGUUGCUUAGUACAAUACGAAGGAACAGUUAUACUAAAUUUACUAAGUCAAGUUGGAAGAAUGUUUCCUCAGGCUGUUUAUUUUCCAAUCCGUACUUUAUAUUUAACCUUGAAAAUCGAACAGCGUGAGCGUUAUAAAAGUGUAGAGCAGGCUGCCGCUGCGCAAAAGAUGAUUAUCAAUAAGACUGAAGCAAACACGCCUGCUGGAGGACAAGUAACAGUAUCCACACAACCUGGAGGAUCAGGAAUUCAGCAACAAUUACAGUCGACUGCGAAUGUAACUCCAAAUCAGUUAAGUUCAGAAAAUCAACAAAACACUAGUGGGGCGACUUUACAAGUUGCAACUACCCCUAUUCGUGCUACUCCACCAAUGUGGAGAUGUUCAAAAAUAAUGCAUCUUCAGCGUGAUAUCCACCCCACUGUUUUAAGUUCUCUGGAGGGUAUAGUUGAUCAAAUGGUGUGGUUCCGAGAGAACUGGUAUGAGGAAGUUCUGAGACAAUUGCGUCAAGGUUUAACUAAAUGCUAUGCGAUAGCUUUCGAGAAUCGAUGCUCUGUAAAUGAAGCAACUAUUACACAGCACACACUUAAUUUUGUGAAAAAAUUGGUUUCUACUUUUGGCAUAGGAAUUGAAAAUAUUUCAAGCUCCGUAUCGUCGAACUUUUCAUCUGCUGCCUCGGAAUCUUUAGCGAGACGUGCGCAAGCUACUGUACAGGAUCCCGUAUUUCAGAAAAUGAAAGGACAGUUUACAAGUGAUUUUGACUUCUCUCAACCAGGAGCCACUAAGUUACAUAACCUAAUCAACAAGUUGAAAAUCUGGAUAAAAAUUUUGGAGAAUAAAACAAAACAGCUACCCAAAUCAUUCUUGAUAGAAGAAAAAUGUCGAUUUUUAUCGAAUUUCAGUCAAAAGACAGCUGAAGUGGAACUGCCUGGUGAGUUGCUGCUGCCUAAACAUUCACAUUAUCACAUUAGGAUAGCACGAUUUAUGCCGAGGGUUGAUAUUGUCCAAAAACAUAAUACUGCCGCUAGGCGAUUAUACAUCCGUGGAACAAAUGGAAAGAUUUACCCUUAUCUAGUAGUUAAUGAUACUGGGCUGGGUGAUGCACGACGAGAAGAAAGAGUAUUGCAACUGCUUAGAAUGUUAAACAAUUAUUUUGCAAAGCAAAAGGAGACAUCAAAACGCUUCCUUCACAUAACAGUACCAAGGGUGGUGGCGGUUUCCCCACAGAUGCGUCUUGUAGAAGAUAACCCAUCCAGCAUAUCACUGCUAGACAUUUACAAAACUGGAUGUGCUAAGCUUAACAUAGAACAUGAUGCUCCGAUAGCACGGUAUUAUGAACGCUUAGCUAAAGUGCAAGCACGCGGCUCGCAAACAAGUCAUACGGUAUUAAGAGAUAUUUUUAGAGAGGUUCAAGCCACAAUGAUCCCUAAGACGAUACUUAAAGAUUGGGCUGUAAGAAACUUUUGUUCUGCUAGCGAUUAUUGGCAGUUUCGUAAAAUGUUCACACUUCAACUAUCAUUAUCAUGUUUGAUGGAAUAUGCUUUCUAUCUUACUCGCCUCAAUGCUGAUAUGAUGUACCUUCAUCAAGACUCUGGGCUAAUGAAUGUUUCGUAUUUUAAAUUUGAUGUGGAUGACAAUUCUGGUUUGUUGGACGUAAAUCGACCUAUUCCAUUUCGGCUUACACCUAAUAUUGUGGAAUUUCUAUCGACAAUAGGAGUUUCUGGUCCGGCAACGGCCUCAACAGUUGCAACGGCACGUUGCCUGGUUCAGCCCAAUUUCAAACUACCUACUAUUUUGAGGGCUAUAUUACGAGAUGAAAUUAUCGCAGUUCAGAAAAAACGGAUUCUUGACGAGAAACUAAUUGAUCAAAACACGGAUUUAUUACAAGAGAAUCCAGUGAUCGAAAUUGAUUCGGAAACAGUAAUCAAUAUAGUGAAUAAAGCAGUCAGUAACAUUAUGGCUCGUUUGAAUUGUUUAGCUCGUUUCGACAACUCAGAAGUAAACCGGAUGAGCACAUUAGUACAGAUUGCCAGUAAUCCAGACAAUCUUUGUCGAAUGGAUCCAACAUGGCAUCCUUGGCUGUAAAUGAUUUAAAAUAGCUUCAGUGUUUCGAAAAAGCGUAUGAAAUUGUAACAUUCAAGGAAUUCGAUUUCAAAUAAAUAUAAAAACUCAUGCAA